AAGAUGAGUAAUCGAGGCAGCUUGAUGUUAUGUUGUUGGCUUCUUAUGUUGGUUUGUUCAGCCAUGUGUGGUUCAAAUGUGACCGACCAAACUGCCCUGUUGAACUUCAAGUCCAAACUCGAUUUCUUCAAUCCCAUUCUGAAUCAAAACUGGACAACCUCAACCAGUUUCUGCAAUUGGGUUGGCGUCUCAUGCUCUUCUUCUCCUCCUCGACAAAGGGUCACCUCUCUUAGCCUUACGGACAUGAACCUGACAGGACCCAUAUCACCAUUCAUAGGUAAUCUUUCAUUUCUCAUCAUCUUAAACCUAAGAAACAACCAAUUGCAUGGCCACUUAUCGCCAGAGAUAGGUCGGUUGAAACGCUUGAAGUUUAUCAAUUUACAAGACAAUAAGCUUCAAGGUCCCAUACCUCCUACUCUAUCCAACUGCCAACACCUUAAAACCAUAUCUUUUUAUAAUAACCAGUUCGAUAAUGUCAUACCCAAAGAAUUAGGUUACUUACCCAAUCUUCAAACUCUCUACUUGGGCGGUAGUAACAACCUUAGAGGUUCAUUUCCUUCAACUCUCUCCAACCUCUCAACAACCCUUCAGCAUUUGUCAUUAGCAUCAAUGGGUUUGACUUCUAUUCCACCGUUUCUAUUUAACAUGUCUUCUUUAUUAGAACUUUAUCUGUUUGGAAAUAGCAUUUCUAGUGAAAUUCCAAUGGACUUUUGCCAGUAUUUUCCUAAGCUUCAAUUCCUUAUUAUGUACAACAACCAGCUAUAUGGUGAGUUGCCAUCUGAAAUAAGUCAGUGCCAAGAGCUUAUGGAGUUAGAUCUUGCAAACAAUAACUUCCAUGGAAUCAUACCGCGAGAAUUGGGUACUUUGCCAAAACUGGAACUCAUCUCUCUUGGAAACAACAACUUUAAUGGCGGUCUCCCACCUGAAUUGUCGAACGCUUCUGCCUUAAAGAGUGUUUGGUUAGAAGGAAACAACAUACAAGGGAAUAUACCAGAUCAGUUUGGGCUGUUAUUGAAUUUGGUUGAUUUUAACAUGGAUGAGAACAAUCUCACUGGAGUCAUACCUCCGAGUUUGUUCAAUAUCUCUACUUUGCAGAUACUCAACCUCGCACGUAAUGAUAUUACAGGACAGCUUUCGACUUUUAAGCUUCCUAGUCUCCAGGAACUCUAUAUUAGUAAGAAUCAAGUGAGUGGAAACAUUCCAGAGUCUAUAACGAAUUCCACCAAACUUUUUCGAAUUGAAAUCGCAUUCAAUAUGUUAUCUGGGACGGUGCCUAAGAGUAUAGGCAACUUGAGAUCUUUGCAGCUCUUCAGUGUUGGCAGCAACAGGCUGACUGGGGAAAGAGAUGGCGGAGAGAUAGACUUUAUCAGCAACAUGCUUAGAAACUGUCGUUUCUUGGUAAUAUUGGCUUUACAAUUAAAUCCUCUUAACGGGUUCCUUCCAUAUUCCAUUGGCAAUUCAUCAAGCUCUCUCCAGAUAUUUUGGGCAGACGGUUGCAGAAUACAAGGUUCGAUUCCUCCAGGAAUUGGUUCUUUGAAGAAGUUGAAUUAUUUGUCAUUAAGCUACAACAACAUAACCGGAACUGUCCCUCCGACAAUUAGAGGAAUGCAAUCUCUGCAAAGGCUCAAUCUAGAUGAGAAUAACAUUGAAGGUUUCAUCCCAGAUCAGUUGUGUCAUCUGCAAAAUCUAGGAGAUAUUUCACUUCAGGGUAACAAUCUUUCUGGACCAAUCCCAUCUUGUAUGUACAACAUCACUCGUUUGCAGAAAUUAUUCUUGAGCUCCAACAAGCUGGAAUCAUCUAUUCCUCAAGCUAUAUGGAGCCUUAAAGAUCUUAUAGUCCUGAACUUAUCUUCCAAUUCUCUAAGUGGGGAGCUACCCGUCGACAUUAACAUGCUAGAUUCAUUGGAAAACAUCGACAUAUCUCAGAACAUGAUCGCAGGCGAUAUUCCAAGCUCAUUUGGGGAGUUUAGAAGACUAGAUUCCAUCAACUUGUCCCACAACUUGCUCCAAGGAUCUAUUCCUGUAUCACUUGGUGGAUUGGUGACAUUAACAACGAUGGAUCUGUCUCAUAAUGAAUUGACUGGAAAUAUUCCAGCAUCUCUCGAUUCAAUUACAAGUCUCUCCUACUUGAAUUUGUCUUACAACAAGUUAUCUGGAGAGAUCCCAUUUAGUGGUCCCUUUGAAAAAUUUAAAGCAGAGUCUUUUAUGGGAAAUGAAGACUUAUGUGCACACCAAUACCAAGCUUCUUUGAUGGGAGUUAAACCAUGCAAAAACAUGAAUGACAACAAGAAAUUAAGAAGAAGAAUUAAGAAGAUUCUACUUAGAUACAUUGUACCCGCAAUGACAUUUCUUCUCAUCGCCUUUGCUGUUGUCAUUAUAGUGUUUCAAAAAUAUCGCAGAAGAGAUAACAAGAAGAAUAGAAUUCCAGACAUUAUGGAGCCUGAUAUGCAUGAUCAUAAGAUGGUUUCUUACGCAGAACUUGUUGGAGCCACCGAAAAUUUCUCUGAAUCGAAUCUACUUGGUUCAGGAAGCUAUGGUUCUGUCUACAAAGGGAUACUAUCUGGUGCCAAGGGUACAAUAGUUGCGGUAAAAGUAUUGAAUUUGCAUAAAGAAGGUGCUUAUAAGAGCUUCGAUGCAGAGUGUCGAGUGCUGAGAACUGUUCGCCACAGAAACCUUGUGAAAGUCAUCACUACGUGUUCUAACCCCGAGUUCAGAGCCUUGAUUCUCCAAUACAUGCCCAACGGUAGCCUCGAGAAAUGGCUACAUACUCAAGAUUAUCAGUUGGACCUCAUCCAAAGGCUGACAGUGAUGUUGGACGUGGCAAUGGCCUUGGAGUAUCUCCACCACGGUCAGUUUGAGCCAGUGAUCCACUGUGAUAUAAAGCCAAGCAAUGUCCUUUUGGACGAGGAAAUGGUGGGUCAUUUGGGUGACUUUGGAAUUGCAAAGAUUAUAGCUGAAGAAGAACAGACUUUUGUCAACACUAAGACAUUAGGCACAAUAGGAUACAUGGCACCAGAAUAUGGUUCGGAAGGAAUGGUGUCAACAAGUGGCGAUGUUUACAGCUAUGGCAUUAUGCUAAUGGAAACAUUGACAGGGAAGAAGCCAACUGAGGAGAUGUUCAGCGAGAUUAUUAGCUUGAGAGAAUGGGUUAAUGAAUCUUACAAAAGGAACUCUGUUUUGGAGGUCAUUGAUGCAACUCUAAUUGUUCUUGGGAAAGAAGAUUGCUGCUCUUCUAUAAUACAAGUGGCUCUCAAUUGCUCAGCAGAUGGACCGGGAGAAAGAAUCACCAUGAAAGAAGUUGUGCUCAUACUCAGCAAAAUCAAACAAAAGCUUUAGUUAGUAGAUCUUGAUUAUUCUGCUUGUUUUGUUGCCAUUACAUGAGCUUAAUUCUUUACCAGCUACAUU